CUAAAUUCUGACAAACAACAAUGGCGUCUUGCCUUAAGUCAAGAACACAAACUAUUUUAUCGCAAAGGCCCAGAAUUCUUUCACCAUUCUUUUUUGCUGACAGAUGGUUUGGGAUGUUGGGUUACCAAGAUCAUAUUGCACAUAAGACAAGAACUUCCAGUGGCAGUGAUCGUGUUGCAAUAACGAAUGGGUUAAGGUCUUUUUUCUCCACCCACGCUCUAGCAACGGAUAAAUCUGUGGUGACGGAUACACUCUCCAGCAUUCCUACUGAGAAGCAUAAACCACUCCAGGAUCAGUUAUCACCAAAGAACUGUCUGGAUCUAUUUAUAGCAUGGGGAUGUAAUAACAAGGAAGCAUCACAAAUCUUUGAGCGAAUGCCGUCUCUCCACAAAGCAAGACUUGAUAAACUUCAAUCCAAGCUCCAAACACUUCAAGAUCUUGGAUUCACGUCUUCAGACUUGGUCAAAAUCAUUAGUUGUAGACCUCGGUUUUUAAGUAGCAAGUUCAACUACUAUCUUGAUGAGCGUAUUUCCUACUUAAAAAAGUUAUUCGGGUCAACAGAAAUACUUCAAAGAGCCAUUCUCAGAAACCCGUCUAUUCUAACUUACGAUUUGAAGACAAUGGUCGAACCGACAGUUGAAUUGUACAAAUCUAUGGGUAUAACAGGGAAUGAUUUAGUUUUAAUGCUUGUAUCCCGGCCUACUGUUAUACCUCGAACCUCUCUGAAUGUUGAGAAAAUGGAUUAUAUUAGAAGAACACGCACCCCAAAAGAUUCAAAAAUGUACAAAUAUGUGGUCACCCUUAUGGCGAUUUCACGCCUCGAGACGAUCCGUGAGAAAAUAGCAAACUUGGAGAAGUUUGGGUUUUCAGAAGAUGAGGUGUUGCGUCUUUUGGGUAUUUCACCUCUUGUGUUGACUUUAUCAGUUGACAAAGUUCAAAGAAACAUGACUUUUUUGGUGGCAUGUAUGAAGCUACCUGCAAGUGUUGUACUUGGUCACCCAUUUUUGCUUUUCAUUAAUCUUGAAAAGGUGAUGAAACCGCGAAUGACUGUUGCAUGGAAGAUAGAUGAAAUGGGUUUGGCUCCAAGAAUUGAUGGGCCCAAAGUGUUAACUGCUUUGAGGAUGACGGAUAAAAGGUUUGUUAAGGCUUUUAUUAAUUGUCACCCUCCUGAGAUUGCACAAGAGUUGAUGGAAUGUUUUGUAGAUGCUAAACAUGUCAAACGGUUAGCUGAAGAGUCUAAAACAAGUUUGCGUAAGGGCUUUCCUUUUUGAUACUCCAUGAAGUUAAAAUUUUUGUAGUUUAUGUGGUCUAAUCAUAGCGAACAUGUUAGAUUAUAUGGCUGUGAUUUUAAGGUUAACAUUUUUCAUGAUUAUGAUUUCAAUGUAAAGUUAAUGCUUCUUGUGGAAUCUUUAUAUUAA